AUGAGCUGCAACGGUACAGAAUGUGUUGAUGACAGCGAUCGGUUCGAGCUGAAUACGACGGAAUCGAUAGAAGUGCUCUUCUACUUCCUGUGUUUCAUCAUUGGUGCACCUUUGAAUUUGAUUGCAUUGCGACGAUCGCUACGAGCUUUCAGUCAACACAAGGCCAAAAGUCCGAUUCUACUGCUUCGAAUUAAUCUCAACCUUGCUGAUCUUUGCACAUUACUCGUUUAUGUUCCAAAGCAAUUCAUCUGGUUGCUCACAUAUCAGUGGUACGGAGGUGAGCUCCUAUGCCGAGCAUGUUCCUUUUUCUCUACAUUCUCAUUCUAUGCAAAUUCGUUCGUCAUCGCUUGUAUCGCCAUUGACCGAGUAUUCGGUGCAUAUAACAUGAGCUCCUUCAAUGCCCACAGACGAGCAUACCUUCGAUGUAGACGGCUACUAGUUAUUGGAUGGCUCCUUGCCUGUAUUCUCAGUGUUCCUCAGGCCAUCAUCUUCAGGGUUUUCGAGCCCGACAGGAACUUUAGGCUAUGCACUCCGCUAUGGAUGCCAUUUUUAUACGAGAAGUCAAGAGAAAGGGAUUUGCCGGGGACUUCGGAAUAUGCCAAAAAUUUGAUAGAACAAGAAAUUAUCGAUAUGCAACGUUUGGAAAAAAUGUACAAUAUUGCGCAUUUGUUAUUUGUAUUCUGGAUACCGUGCAUCAUUGUUAUUAUUAGCUAUUUGACAGUGUUGCUCAUCUUGCAGGGACAUUUGAAAGAAGAAUAUCAUGGACUGCCAGCAGCUUCGGCAGUGAGUCAGAUUGAUGAGGAUUCGUCAAAGUCUAGUGGAAAAGGGAAGCGUUCCACUCCUACUUAUCUGGAUACCAAACCACUGAAUCCUAGUCCUAACAAUCGCGCUUCCAGUCCUAGUGCCAUGGCAGUUUCUACAAUCCAUAAAGCAAAGCAGCAUGCCAAACGUCAAGCUGCUUGGAUCAUCCUUGCAUAUCUGACUUUCUGGAGUCCCUACAACGUCGUUGCUGUUCUGAAUAUGACUGGUACUCUCUCAAGGCACCAAGUCUUUGCUGCCACGCUUCCAUUCCUGAAUGCUGCUAUCUGUGCCAAUCCCAUCGUAAAUCCACUUAUUUAUGGAAUUUUGAAGAAAACUGGAAAGCAGUCACCAUCAGCUUCAGGUGUCACCAAACUUAUCAGUGAGUUUUUCAAGGAGUUAUGUUUACUGAGGUAA